AUGGGAACUUCCCGUAGGACUGAAAUUUGUCGCCCUCUCCUUCUCUGGUCAACAUCGUCCUCAAUGUACAGCAACGGCAUCUCAAUUUCGGUCUCAGAUGAUGAGCCCGACGAUCUCGCCGGAAAGAUUAAUGUCCGAGCCAGAAGAAAACGAAAGAAACUGGGUUUUCGAGGCAAGAAUGAGUUGGUUCAUCGAUUUCUGAGGCAGCUCGUGAAAUGGUGGCCCGUAUUGCUCUUCCUUCCUGCCGCGGGAUUGCUUCUAUUCGAGGCCUCCAGAAUCGGUCGAAAAACCAAGCCACUCAUCUCGGAACUUGUGAGUCCAAUGAAACCCGACCCAAUUCUGGAAAAGACGGAAGGAAAUUUGAACCGUCUAGAUCCAACGACUCGAGUCGUUGGUGGCGUCAGAGAACGUAAGUUCUUUCUGAAAAUUCGAAAGGAAUUUUUGUCUAUAUGCGUAACUGUAUCGAUUAUUGUUUUAUUUGCAAGCAAAAAUCUUAGUAUUCUUGGUAAUUGA